AUGGAGCCUGAAAUUAAGUCAAGUUCCCAAUUUGAAGAAUAUAAUGAAUAUGGCAUUACAGUUUUUGCUGAUACCAAAGCAUCUUGCCCUAGAAAAUCACCUCUUUAUCUAAGUAAAGAGCUUAGCUUUGUUAGGAAUUUGGUUUGCAAUAUUUUAAACCUUAUUGUUCAAACCAGAGGAUCUGAAUGUUCAAAUAAAUGCAUUGAUGUUCUUGGUGGUACUGGAAUUUCAGGAAUUUUAUGGAAAAGGAUAUUAGGAAACAAUGUAGAAGUUAAAAUUAACAAUCCAAAUGAACAAGCAAUAGAUUUUUUACUCAGAAAUGUUGAAAAUAAUUCUGUUGAUGUUGAAGUGACUAUUAAAGACCCCUGUAUAGUCCUUCAUGAAAGAGGAUAUAAUUUCAUAUAUUUGAACUGUACUAAUGAUGCUGCUAAUUAUUUUGAUGCCGCAUUACGGCAUAUAUCUCGGAAUGGUGUACUUGUCAUUACAGCUAAAGAUGAUUGUGCUCUUCACGGAAAUAAUCCAGAUGUUGCGUUUAGAAGAUAUAGUGGUAGAAUAACACGAGUACAAUAUUAUCAAGAACUUGGGAUAAGACUAGUUAUUGCUGCUUUGGCUAGGACUGCUGCUAAGUUCAAUAAGGCGAUUUCAGUGUUAUGCUGUGUUUCGUAUAUAAAUACAUUCACUAUUGCUGUAAUUGUACAGAAGGGUCCUUUAUUGGCAAAUAAAAUGUUGGAAAAUAUUCGUCUCUUAAAACAUUGCAUGGUUUGUGAGAACAGAAGAUUCUUUCCUCGGCAUGAUGGAUUUACUCAAGAUCCAAAUGAGGUGAAACUUGAUUGUAGCUGUGCAAAUAAAGCACCUGGUAAAACCAAUCUUGAAUUGGGUCCGGUUUGGAGUGGUCCAAUUUUCGAUGUCUCUUUCGUUGAGAGGCUACAGGCUAAUUUCAAGUUGUGUGAACAAAAUAUAUUUUCUAAUUAUGAACUUUCAACUACUUUUGAUUUAAUAUUAGAAGAAGCUAGGUGCCCAACUAUUGAAUCAUCCGAUGAACCGAAGAGAACAAAGUAUGAUUUUUCAGACCAACCUCCAUUUUAUUUUAACAUUCAUAAACACCAUCCUCAAAUUAAUCAGUUAAUGAAACUAAAUAAAGUAGUUGAGAGGUUGCGGAAAAUGGGUUACAGAGCUAGCAAAACACACUUUGAUAAACUAGCCAUAAGGACAGAUGCACCAUUGUCUUCUUUGUUUGAAAUUAUGUCUAGUUUUGAUUGUAAUAAUUUACAAUAA